AUGGAAACACCUUUGAUACUCAAAAGCUUAACUUCAGAAAAUGAUUAUUUGGCAGUGAAAAGCUUGAAGGAUUUGAAACAUGUUAUGUGGAGUGAAACAUUGAAGAUAUGGAAGAUAGCAAUACCAGUGGCUUUGUCUUUACUUUUUCAGUUUCUCAAUAACUCUUCAACUUCCAUCUAUGCUGGUCAUCUUGGAGACAUUGAACUCUCUUCAUUCUCUAUUUAUCAAACUGUCAUCGGUUCUAUCUACUUCUCUUUGCUGUAUGGCAUGUCAAAUGCAAUAACAACACUAUGUGGCCAAGCUUAUGGUGCUGGACAGUUUCAAAAUGCUGGUAUUUACCUUCAAAGGUCAUGGAUUAUACUCAUAAUCACUUGCAUACUUUUGAUACCAGUUCAUAUAUUUGCAACUCCAAUCUUAAAACUUCUUGGCCAAGAAAAAGAAAUUGCUGAUUUAGCUGGAAAAUAUACAAUUCUAGUAAUUCCAUAUAUGUUUUCCUAUGCUAUUAAUUUACCCCUCAUGAAAUAUCUUCAAUCACAAAGCAGAGUUAAUGUUAUUAUGUACAUAGCAAUUGUUACAUUGCUAACACAAAAUGCUUUACUUUAUACCUUCAUCAAAGUGUUUGAUUGGGGAAUAAUUGGUUUGGCAAUGGCAAGUAAUAUCUCAGGAUGGGUAUUUUCUGGUGCAUUAGUAGUUUAUACCAUUGGUUGGUGUAAAGAUGGAUGGAAUGGAUUCUCUUGGAUGGCUUUUAGGGAAUUGUGGGAAUUUAUUAAACUAAGUAUUGGUUCAUGUGUAAUGAUCUGCUUAGAACAAUGGUAUUCUGCUUGCAUUAUGCUACUUGCUGGUCAUCUUCAUAAUCCUGUCAUUGAUGUUGGUUCCUUUUCAAUUUGCCUUAAUAUUCAGGGUUGGCACACCAUGUUGCUUCUUGGAGUAAGUACAGCAGUAAGUGUUCGUGUGUCGAAUACACUUGGAAUGUCGCAUCCAAGAGCAGCCAAAUACUCUUUCUUGGUGACAAUGUUUCAAUCUCUUCUCCUUGGAAUCAUUUUCAUGACUGUGAUUUUCUUGAGUAAAGACAAAUUUGCAUUGAUCUUUACCAAGAGUGAGGAUAUGAUACAUGCUGCUAGUGAAUUAGCAUACUUUCUUGGUAUAAGCAUGAUUCUCAACACUGCUUCGCAAAUUAUUUCAGGUGUGGUAAUUGGAUGUGGAUGGCAAGUUAUGGUUGGUUACAUAAACUUAGCAUGUUAUUACAUUGUUGGACUCCCUAUUGGAAUUUUUCUUGGUUUCCACCAGCAUUUAGGAAUCAAGGGUCUAUGGGGAGGCACAGCGUGUGGCAUUAUUCUUCAGACUUCAGUCCUCAUACUCAUUAUUUAUAGGACAAACUGGACCAAGGAGGUAGAGCAAGCAGCAAAUCGAAUGCAAAUCUGGAGCUCUAACAAAGAACAACGAAGUGAUUGA